GCACCACCAACAGAACAUUCAGUAGCUCUCGAGUAGUCUGACAAAGAAGUUCACGAUGAGAUUCCUGAUCGCUUUCGUUGCCAUCCUCGGCUAUGCUUCGGCUAGCGCCAUCCUCUCCCCCCUCGUCUACGGCCACAACGCCGGAGACGUGCAGGCAGCCGCCAUCGACGCGACUGUCGCGGCGCAAGACACCGUCCGCGCCCUAGGAGAAGGCCAGGCCCGCGCUAACGAAGCCGCCAUCCAAUACAACACUGAGGCAGUCCGUCAGGUCGCUGAGUCCAACCGUAACAUCCACGAGAACGCUUACUGGGGCAACGUAGCCGCUUCCCAGAACCUUGUCGCCGCUGCGCAAUCCCAGGUCGCCGCUGUUGACGGAGCUCUUGCCGGAGCCCGCGCUGCUUACGCCGCCGCUCCCCUCGCUUACGCCGGCGCUCCCCUCGCCUACGCCGGUGCUCCCCUCGCCUACGCCGGCGCUCCCCUCGCCGCCUACGGUGCCUACCCCUACGGAGUCCGCGCUUGGUAAACCGAUUACCGACCCACUAACUAGUCGAUAUAUUUAGUGAUACUCAAAACCAACGUCACUAAGCCCUCGAUCUAUUUUAGUGAUACUAAAAAUUAACAUGAUUAAAUACAACCCAGCUUUUUAGCAGUUUAUUUGGUGAUGUUAAUUUAGGUAAAUACGAAAGCAGCCUCAACAAACUACUUUAGUUAUUUGGUGAGACCGCUUCCGUACCAACUAUUACUGACAAAGUAUAACCCUUUGUCAGUAAAAGUAAUAGCCACGUCAGUAUAUCAAACGGUUAACCGAAUUUGCUCAACGGACAUGAAUACAAAGGUCUCAUACAGUAACUCUCUUUGUAUAUAAGCGAAUCUCAUGCCACCACUGCCAAAGUGCUGUAAAUAAACAACGCAAUACAUUUUUUUUACAAAUUUCGGUUGUAAUUUUAUACGUUUUUAAAUAUUAUUUUCUUAAUAUCAACGCAAAUCAACUACCAUCACCCGUUUUGUAAAUAAAAUGUUUGGAGUAA